AUGUCGGCACCUGAUAUGAACGCGCCGUUUCAACCGGCUUACGGAGCUCCUCCUCAUCCAUAUCCUCCCCAGAUUCCUGGGCCUGGCAUGAUGAUGCCGCCGUGCCCUCCCCCGCCGGUCAUGGAAGUUUCCGAGGCCGCCUACCCGGCACCUCCCGCCGUUAUCGCCAAGGGCCCGAGUGCGCCUACUGCGCCGGUAGGGUACUCGUCCAACCUGGUGCCGGGUCUAAUAGACACACUGAUGAUGCCGGCCACGGUCACCAUUCCGGUCCAGGAUCCAGAGCCACCGCCAAUGGUGAAUGUGGUUUACGUCGGCGGUCUCCACUCUGGCACAUCCAGUGAUUUUGUGAUAAACAUAAUGCAGAAAUGCGGGAAGCUGAUCAACUUCAAGCGGCAUGCGGAUCCAUCCAGCGGUCUGCUGGCAAACUUCGCUUUGUGCGAGUUCGAGUCACCCCGCGGUGCUUACUACGCGCUGGAAUGUCUGGCAAAUUUGCCAUUUGGCGACGGCCAGGUGAAGGUGAGCUGCAACGACAAAGUGCGUGGUCUGGUCGAGGAAUGGGUAUCGGAGCAACUAUACAGUCUGAGGGAUGAGCACCCGGACAUGAGCGAUGAUGAGCUGCGCGAGAUUUUCAAGGCCCCUGAGGCUGAGCUCCGUCGCUCAUUCGAGAACCUCAUUAAAUACGAAGUGCGUGACUUGCAGAAUGGUGGCCCGUCAGCACAAUCCUCGCGCAGCGAUGUGGUCAGAGCAUUCCGUAGGACGGAAUCGCGUAGCGAUUCAGCAAACACCGUGAAGAACAGCGACGCUGCGAACGAGUCGCAGAACCUUACGUCACGGGAAUACACGAUCCACCCGAAGGAAUCGGCCCGCCGCAGCAAGUACAAAUCGCGUCAACGGGAGAAGGACGAUAUUUUCAGGAGCGAGGAGCGCGAGUGGAUAAUGGAGGAGGCGUCACUGUUACGGAAACUGCAGAGGAUUGGCACGGUGCGGCGGAGCACACGUGAGCGCCUGGUCAAGGAGGACCUUGAGGGGUUUGCCCGUUCCACAAGCAGCCGUGAACGCGAGAGAGAGCGCCAGAUGGACCUUGAGGAUGCGAGGGAGGAAGCAUCUGAGCUUUCCAGCUCCGACGCGCGUUGCACCAUCCCCCUGACGGCGACAGUCGCGCAGCAGCCGCCUGCAGAGCCCCCGAAACACGCGUUGCCGACGGUUUUCGGCAACGCUGCGGACGAUGAUGAGCCCAUAUUCAACCGCAACCACCGCCCGAUGAUCCAGUUGGGACUUCCUGACGCCGAGAUCUGGGCACGUGUUCCUAAAAGCGAAACUGAAGUGUUCGAGUAUCCUCUGGAUUGGGAUCGCAUUUUAUCCGACGGCAGCUUGUUCUCCUCGAUUGAGCCCUGGAUGCGUGGUUGCGUCUCGGAGCUGAUGGGUGACGACGAGUCGGUGGUGGGCGAGGUGAUGGAAUUUUUGGCCGGCCGCCUGGUGGAGCGUCCCGCGCCCACCGAACUGCUCUCCGACGUUGAGCAGUUUAUGGACGAUGAGAGCCGGGGUUUCGUGAUGGAGCUGUGGCGCCGCCUGAUUCACCACCAGUUGCGACUGGGCGAGCCGUCGGCCAGCUGA